AUGAUGAAAGAUUAUUUCAUCGAGCGUCCAAAAUUUCCUGCUCAUGAUUUUCGGAGGGAGUUUCGGAUAAGGAGAAAGUUUUUUGAAAUCAUAUUGAACCCAAUUGUCAAUCAUGACCAUUACUCUGCAAGGAAGAUAGAUGCCCUAGGCCGACAAAGUCUAUCACCUCAUCAGACGCUCACAUUUGCAUUUCACAUGCUAGCUAAUGGGUGCUCUACAGACUCAACUUACGAGUAUUGCCAACUUGUGAAGACUACUGCUAUUGAGAACCUGAAGCGCUUCUGUCAGGCAAUUCAAGCCAUAUAUGGAGCCACAUACCUCCGUAAGACAAAUCGUGAAGAUUUGAAGAGGCUUCUACAUAAGGCAGACAAAAAAGGCUUCCCUGGCAUGAUAGGAAGUCUCGAUUGUAUGCAUUGGGAGUGGAAGAAUUGUCCUACUGCUUGGGCUAGCCAAUUCAAGGGCCGUCAUAACAAGCCAACUAUCGUGCUCAAGGCUGUGGCGUCUUACGAUACAUGGAUUUGGCAUGCAUUCUUUGGCGCUCCUUGA